UGUGGUCCAGCUUUUAAAUCUCACUCAAAGAUGUCACCUUGACCACCAAAAUGUAUCCAUCAGGACAUUACCUGGGCCGCAUGUAACCACGGGCAAUAAUAAGAGUGGAGAAUUUAAUAUGGGCCCCAGGAAGGAGGAGCGGAGGCGUUCUUCUCAGAACCUUCUCACUGCCGGCUGCCCGGACAUCUCCAUUAAGGCCCAUUUCCCCCCCGUGUGCUUCAACCAGCCCGGCGGUGAGGCAGCGUCUGCCAGUCAGAAAGACAGGAAGCCGCAGCAUGAAAACAGGAAGGACCAAAACGACGACAGACAGAAAGCUCAGCAGGGGGCAGUCUUAGAAUCAGACCGAGGCCCGAUAGACAAGAGGACACCAAGUACCGGCAGAGAUGCAAAUGCCAGUCAGACGGAUUGUGAUGGGGAAGCGCUUUUUAACCUAGCCGCCUACUCUCAGAGAGGUCGUCUUGACGACCAGCGUGCAUCUAUGGGGACAGUACUUGAGCACCACAUGUCCUCUGGUGAUGAUGAGGACGGGCAAGUGCAAAUGCCGGCAGGCGAGAAGUUAAACAAGCUGGUCAGCAUGGACCCCAAGAAAGAUGACCAGAGGUACUCCUCUGCCCUCAGAAUGCUAAUAGGAGCUUUACAUGUGGUGUCUGGAAUUGACCAUGAGGGACGUCCAAAUGUGGAAGAUUCUCAGCUGCUGUUGUCAGGAGUUCAGGGCUUCAGAAUAGAUGAUCAGCAAUACUCUCUUCACCAGUCUCCCAGACCCAGAACCCCCAGCAUGGUCUUUGGUCAGGGCAACUCAGCCAAACCAGAUGGGAAGUACCUCCUCUCAAGCCAUGAUGCACGCAGCCUACAGAGCCAAGGGGGACUCGGGAAUGGUGGGGGGAAAGAGAUAGGGAAGCUGGAAGAAGGACACAGGAAGAAAUGGAAGUGGGAAAAGGGGGAAACAAAGAGGCGGGAGAAAGAGGAGAAGGAGGAGAAGAAAAAAGCUGAAAAAAGGGUGAAGAAGGAAAAGAGGGACGUGAAAAGGGAGAAAAAGGGAGAGGAAACGAGGGGUAAUGAAGAUGCGGGAGAAGAAAAGGAAGGGACAGUGGGAGAGGAUGCUGAAGGUGAGAAUAGGGAGGAUGAGAGGAAAAAGGGAGGGAAGCGGACAGAUAGAGGCAAAGAGAAAGGAGAGAAAGGACACAGAAAAAAGGGGGGAAAGGGAUGGAAGUAGACGAGUGAAAAGAGUAGAGAAAAAAAGAAAGAAAGAGCCACAAAGGCUUAUUAAUCAGAGAAGUAAAGCAAGAUUGAGAUGGGAAAAGGAGGGGAAUGGAACCAAGGAGCUAAUGAUGCUGUCUGUGUAAGAGGUCAAUUACCUCCACUAGCGUUUCCUGUCCUGUGAUACCGUGAGCAAUGCAUGUCAGUCAAUUACCCAUCAGUUACUGUAAGAGACAAAUGCAUUUUCACCCUCGGUUAUGAGGAAGUUAUCGUGAGAAUGUAUGAUCACCCUUUCCAAUAAAAGGCAUUCAUGCGUGAUAAACAUAA